AUGUUGAAUUCUUACCUGAGAAGAGAGCUGUCGAACAGGUCUUGGGAGCCGACCCCUCCUUGCGCUCCUUUUCUUGACCUCUUAGCAGGCCACUUGGGCUGCCAUUUCGGUGGGGAAUACGAUCCCAAGUAUCAGGAGACCGAAAGUCGCACCAUCAGGUCAAGGACCACAACGAGAAUCCAUGUGGGCACAUCCAUCUCGAAGAUUCUUCUGCAUGAUCAGUUGUCUAUUCGUUACGAAUUAUAUUUCUAUGCUAGUUGGCUCACCCUCCUCACGACAAAGGACGAACCAUCCACCUUCGUUCGACAUACAUCAGUUGGCAGGACAUGGAGCAAAUUCCAAAGUACUCGUCGUCAGCUCCCACCAAACCAUCACCUCUGGAGGGCUAUCAGAUUGGGGAGGCAAAGGCUGAUCUCCGAAAGAUUUUAG